UUCUCAUUUUUAAGGCACUUGUUUUCCUAGAGAAAAUGUUUUCCUCCAUACCAAACACACCUUCUAGGGGCAGAAUAUUUUCUCAUUCGCCUCUAUGCUUCAUUUCUUGAUUCUUUAUACCUGAGAAGAAGGAUGUGGUGGCAAUACUAACUCAAAGACAUGAACAUUUAGGGACAUUGAGUUGCUUAUUUGGAAAAGAGUAACAAUUAGAAUAUACCUUAUUCUGCUUUUGUUUGUUGAUUAAGUCCUUCCAUUCAGCAAACUUUUCAGAUUCUCGUAUAUCUCUUUGUUUGUUAGUCUGUUAAUGUAACUCAAAAGCCUGGUGAGCUACAAAUUUCAGCUUUGCAAUGGCGUUAGGAAUUUUCAAAUUAUGCAAGAAUUAGGCUCCAUUCAAAUACUUGAUUACAAAGCUGGACCGUGAAACUUGUGAAGAUACGCAAUGAAAAGUAAAACGCCUUCAAGAAACGGAAAUUAUGUUGAAAAGCAAAUUGGGAAGAAAACUGCAUUGAAUAAAUCAAACGGGGAGGUUGAUUUUGGCAAUUUGAUAUGGGUCCAGCUCGACGGUCAAUCGUGGCUUGGUCAGGUUGUUGAUGAGAAGGCUGUAGGUGGGAACAGAAAGCCCCCAAAAAAAGUAGCUGGUGAAGUCCUUGUUCGGUUGUAUGGAAGCUACACAUAUUUGUAUGUAGAUCCUAUUAAAUCUCAAUUGGAAUAUGAGAAGAUAAUUGAGAAAUACCAUGGCAGUCAUAUUAAAAUAUUAGGUGAAGCUCUAAAGCAGGAUCUCCUUCAUCUCAAAUCUGGUGGAAUGAAGAUGGAAGACAUAAAAUCGAAGGAAAUGCUCAGGGCUGGUGCAUCUCAAGGCAAAGGAAACAACAAAAGUCAGGACAUGACACCCUCAACUUCUGAAGGGGCAAAAACAAAUGCUCAGUAUGAAAGAAAAAUGAGGAAUUUGAUUUUAAGGAACAGAGCAGGCGUAUGGACGAAUUUGAGUACAGAAGCAAUAGCUUCACCAGGAGAAUAUACACCAAGCGGACGUCGAAUGAAGGUAAUGCAAGCGCUUGGUUUGGUGGCUCCUCCAGGGUCGCCAUUUCAUCAACGUGUUCCUGUGACUCCAGGAUCUGUUGCCUGUAGUCCAUCUGCUGAUCAUGCUACGACCUAAAAUCCUCACGAGGCAUAGUAUUGCUGGUACUAACAGCUAGAUAUGAUAUUAAAUAUUCGAGGAGAAUUUUGAUUUCAGCCAAAAGUUAAUGUGUCCCAUGACAGAUCAGUUGUCUGUAGUCUACUUGCUGAUGAUGCUUGAACUAAAUAUCUAGGAUUGAGACAUAGUAAUUAUUAUUGUUGAUACUAA